AAACUGAUUCAAACUAACUCCUAAUGUCAGCUAUUGAAGAGACCAUUGCCCAGUUCUUGGGGAACCACCCACACCCAGAGAAUAGCACCUUCACGUACGGUACCGCCGGGUUCCGUAUGGAUGCGCUGAAAUUGGACUACGUGAACUACACAGUAGGAAUCUUGGCCAGUUUGAGAUCCAAGUACUUAAAUGGCCAAACUGUUGGUGUGAUGAUUACCGCUUCCCACAACCCGCCUCCUGACAACGGAGUCAAGGUCGUGGAUCCCCUUGGAAACAUGUUGGAGGCUGCGUGGGAGGAGCAUGCCACUGUUUUGGCCAAUUCACCUCAUGAUCUGCUCGUACUGAACAUUGAAAAGUUGGUUUCAGAUUUGAAAAUCGAUUUGGCGGUGGGUGCUGACGUGGUGAUUGGGCGUGACUCGAGGGAAUCCAGCGAGAGGUUGGCAGUGGCCACCAUCGAUGGCCUUAAAUCGGUUGGCGGUACGAGUUUCACCGAUUUUGGCUUGUUGACGACGCCCCAAUUGCACUACUUGGUGAGAACCAAGAAUGAUCCCAAGUUUGGCACCCAUACUGAGGCCGGCUACUACACCAAGAUGGCGGACUCAUUCAAGGCCAAUUUAAAGCUUCUUGGAAAGUCUGAGAGGAUUAAUUUGACAGUGGACGGGGCCAAUGGAAUCGGUUCACCCAAAAUUGAAGAGCUUGUAUCAAAGUACUUGAGUAAUGAGAUUGCAUUGACUUUAGUCAACAGCAGCUACACAACGCCGGCGACGUUGAACUCUGGGUGUGGUGCAGACUUUGUCAAGAUCAACCAAAAGCUUCCUGCUGGAGUUCUGCCACAUGCAAGCAAAAAUGAGUUAUUUGCAUCCUUUGAUGGAGAUGCCGACCGGUUGAUCUGUUACUAUCUCGACGACACAGCUGGGUUCAAGUUGUUGGACGGAGACAAGAUUGCCACCGUGAUUGCGUUGUUUUUUCAGAAGGUUUUACAGAGUUUGGACUUGGAUUUGAAGAUCGGGUUGAUUCAAACCGCUUAUGCCAACGGAUCUUCCACCAAGUACGUGGAGGAUGUGUUGAAGAUUCCUGUGGUAUGUGCCAAGACAGGUGUGAAGAACCUACACCACGAUGCAGAGAAGUUUGACGUUGGAAUAUACUUUGAGGCCAAUGGUCAUGGAACCGUCAUUUUCUCCCCAGAAGCCGAAAAGAAGGUGUGGGACUAUAAACCAGCAGACAAUGCCAAGGAAGUCGUGUCGAUCAAGAUCUUACAGGAGUUCACCAAGUUGAUCAACCAGGCAGUGGGUGAUGCCAUUAGUGAUUUACUUGUUAUAUUGAUGAUCUUGAAGUAUUUGGAAUUUACUCCAAAUGACUGGAACAAAUCGUACACAGAUUUGCCCAACCGGUUGAUCAAGGUGAUUGUGGCUGAUAGAACUGCUUACAAGACGACCAAUGCUGAGCGGACGUUAGUGGAACCGGCUGGGGUCCAAGAUAAGAUCGAUGAGUUGGUAGCAAAAUUUACCAAUAGUAGGUCGUUUGUGAGGGCAUCUGGAACGGAGGAUGCGGUCAGGGUGUAUGCGGAGGCAGCCGAUGGAGUCGACGAAUUAGUGAAUGCUGUCAGGGAGUUGAUCAAGUAAGAGAAGUACGAACAAUUAUUAAUUAAGCCACAGAGAAGCCUCUGUCGUAGUUGGUGAGCUAAGACGAAUGUCUAAAUAGCUAAUAAAUAUUAUUCAUUGUGAUACCGUUGUCGAUAUAGUUAACACAUUGCUUUGUAGAUCCAAGGCCUUGUGUGAAGCCUAACUCUUAUAGUACAUCUUUUUAAAGGCCCCUGGGGACUGGAAUUUGCGCAACCCCCAUACACCCUUCUUCAACUUCUUUGCCUUAGCUUCCAACGACCUAUACCAUCCCUCAUAUAUACCAAACUCGGCUCCAACCUUACUCUCAUACACCACGGCCAAGCCUUCCUUGAUCAUCUGGGCACUCACGUCCUUUCUGCCGGUCCAUUGCCAAACCUGGGCCCGAGCCACCACCCGUUUAUACUGGUCAAUGGAGUACGGCGUGAUCACCACGUUCCGGCCGUUAACAUAGCUUUUGAGCCACUCCAACGCCUCUUCACUCAAUGGCUGGGCCGGUUUCCCCCAGUGCAGCCGCUCUGGAGCGUCUAUUCCCAGUAAUCUGAUCAUGAGGGUUUCAUCCUUCAAGGCCG